AUGGAAGCCAUCCGAUAUCACGGUCAAAAAGACAUCCGUCUAGAUCGAGUCGAUGUCCCGAUCUGCGGGAGCAACCAAGUCAAAGUGUGCCCUCUGCCCACCGUAUUGUCCAUAUACGGCCGGCCUACGUUGGGAUUUGUGGAUCAGGUAGGUCAAGACUCAAAGCCCCCGUUGAGGAAAGGCAACUCCCAGUCAGAAUACCAGUCUCAAGUGAACGUUCUCCAUACAGAUCUUCACGAAUACCUCGACGGGCCUGCAUUUUUUCCCACCAAGCCACACCCUUUGACUGGAGAGAAGCUGCCCAUCAUUCUCGGGCAUGAAUUUAGUGGAACCGUGGUUGAGGUAGGAACCGAUGUCAACGACAUUCAUGUCGGCCAGAAUGUGGCAGUCUUGCCUCCCUUCUAUGACCAUACUUGUGGAGCUUGUGUGAAAGGCAUGUUGAACUGCUGUGAGUCCAUUGGUGCUAUUGGCUGUAGUGGAAGGGGAGGAGGGUUGGCCGAGUAUAUUGUCACGGAGCGCAAGGCUGCUUAUACUCUCCCAGACUCGGUCUCACUGGCAGUAGGAGCACUUGUCGAGCCCCUCUCCGUAGCAUGGCAUGCUAUCGACACAGCCAUGUUCCAACCAGGUCAGUCAGUCCUGAUCAUGGGCGCAGGCCCUAUUGGCAUCGGUCUCAUCCAGUGCCUUCGGGCCCGGGGCUGUGAGAAGAUCAUCAUUUCGGAGAUAUCUCGUCAGAGGAAAACCAUGGCGCAGGAAUUUGGGGCACACUACGUGUUGGACCCGACGCAAGAAGAUGUCGUGCCUCGAACCCGCGAAAUCUGCGAUGGCCAAGGCGCAGAUAUCGUGUUCGAUGCCGCCGGCGUGCAGAGCUGCCUUGACCAAGCCAUUCAGGCACUUCGAGCCCGAGGGACUCUGGUCAAUGUUGCUCUGUGGGAGAAGCCGCCAACAAUCGAUGCGAACAGUCUGUUGUUCCGAGAGAAGGUCUACAAGGGAACAUUUGGCUAUCUUCCGGAUGAUUUCCAGGCCGUGAUUGAUGCGAUUGCCUCGAAGCAACUCAAUCCCGAGAGGAUGAUUACAGGUCGAGUUGGGCUUCAUGAGGUGGAGGAAAAGGCGUUCAAGGCGCUGAUUCAGGGCAAGGACAAGCACACCAAAAUAUUAGUGGAGGUCAACCGAGAACACUAG